AUGGAGAAGGCACAAAAAGUUGGGAGCGCUCCUGGGAGACACAGGAAAAUCCUUCCUAAUGGUGCCUUUAGAAAGCUUAUGUCUCUAUGGAGAACUAAAAAGAAGCUAACUGGAAAAACGAAAAUAAGGAUAUACAGCUCGUUCGUACUGCCAAUCCUUACCUACAACUGUGGAACCUGGGGACUCACAAAAUUGGAAAAUCAGAAACUAGACAGUUUCCAUCGAUCUCAAUUACGUGCAGCACUUAACAUCCGCUACCCGCAGAAGAUCACAAACGACAAACUAUACAAAUUAUGCAACUCAGAAAUUCUUUCGAUCGAAAUCCUGAAAUCACGAUGGAGGUUAUUUGGCCACAUUCUGCGGAUGGACGUCGCCACUCCUGCUAACAUUGCUAUGGAAACAUAUUUUAUGCAAUGCGGAGACGCAUUUCGAGGAAGACCAAGGACAACACUUCCAUCGGUGCUAAAUCAGGAUCUCAAAAUUAUUGGGAGGAAACUCGAAACUGCUGAUGAUCUCGACAACCUGAGAGAAUUGGAAAAGAGAAGAGGCACCUGGAGAAGGUUGUGGGACAGUAUUGUUGUUCACGCGGCACAAGGGAAGCUUAAUUAG